UCGUGUGAUUCAGACCAGGACGCAGGCGGCGUGGUGAGUUUAUACCUGAGGACUCUCCACCGAGAGACCUCCAACAAGUGAAUAAAAAAAAAAAAAAAAAAGGCAACAGAGGAGCCGCUAAAAAUGCUCGUGUUAUUUGAGACCGCUGCUGGAUAUGCAAUAUUCAAAGUCCUCGACGAAUCCAAACUCCAACAGGUCGACAGCCUGUACAAGGAGUUUGAAACACCAGAAAAGGCCCACAAAGUUGUGAAGCUGAAGCACUUUGAGAAGUUCCAGGACACGACAGAGGCCUUAGCAGCUGCCACUGCCCUCGUCGAGGGAAAGAUCGGCAAGAGUUUGAAGAAAGUCCUGAAGAAAGUCGUUGCCAAAGAAGCUCACGAGCAGCUGGCCAUUAGCGAUGCCAAACUCGGCGGAGUCAUCAAAGACAAGCUGGACCUGAGCUGCGUCCACAGCCCCGCCGUGGCUGAACUGAUGAGGUGCAUCAGGAGCCAGAUGGAAAACCUCAUCACUGGACUUCCCGCCCGGGAGAUCAGCGCCAUGUCUCUGGGGUUGGCUCACAGUUUAUCCCGCUACAAGCUGAAGUUCAGCCCAGACAAAGUGGACACCAUGAUAGUUCAAGCCAUUUCUCUUCUGGAUGAUUUGGACAAAGAGCUCAACAACUACAUCAUGCGCUGCAGGGAGUGGUACGGAUGGCACUUCCCUGAGCUGGGGAAAAUCGUCACGGACAACUUGGCCUACUGCAAGGCCGUCCGCAAAAUCGGUGAUCGCACAAACGUGGCGGGCUCUGACCUGUCGGACGUCCUCCCCGAAGAGAUCGAGGCCGAGGUCAAGCUGGCCGCCGAGAUCUCCAUGGGAACGGAAGUGUCGGAGCAGGACAUCGGCAACAUCCGGCACCUGUGCGAUCAGGUAAUUGAGAUUUCAGAUUACCGCGCUCAGCUCUACGACUACCUGAAAAACCGAAUGAUGGCCAUCGCCCCCAAUCUGACGGUGAUGGUGGGCGAGCUGGUCGGAGCUCGUCUCAUCUCGCACGCAGGUUCCCUUCUGAAUCUGGCUAAGCACCCGGCCUCUACGGUGCAGAUCCUCGGUGCAGAGAAGGCUUUGUUCAGAGCGCUCAAGACCCGCAAAGACACACCCAAGUACGGUCUCAUCUACCACGCUUCUCUAGUGGGUCAGACUACGGCCAAGAACAAGGGCAAGAUAUCCAGAAUGCUAGCGGCUAAAGCAGCCCUGGCUAUUCGCUACGACGCCCUCGGAGAGGACACCAACGCAGAGCUAGGAGCGGAGAACCGGGCCAAGCUGGAGGCCAGACUGCGCCAACUGGAGGACAAAGGAAUCCGAAGAAUCAGCGGCACGGGCAAAGCCAUGGCAAAGGCCGACAAGUACCAACACAAGAGCGAGGUGAGAAUUUACGAUCCGUCCGGCGACUCAACUAUUCCCUCCACCUCCAAGAAGAGGAAGUUUGAGGAGGUGGAGGAGGAGGAGGCGGAAGAAGAACCCGUCACACCAGCGGUCAAAUCCAAAAAGGCCAAAAAGGAACCACAAACAGAAGAAGUAGAAGAAGAAACGGAAGAGACCCCCAAGAAAAAGAAGAAGAAAAAGAAGGACAAGAAAGCGGAAGAGGAGGAGGAGGAAGAAGAGGUGGCACCAGUACCUGAAUCAACAGAAAAGAAGAAAAAGAAGAAGAAGAAAAAGGCGAAGGAGGAAGAGGAAGAUGACGAAUGAGAGACUGGAGCGUGUACAUAUUUUCUGUUUUAGUUUUUAUGUCUUUGUAGUUUUUGUGUCAUAUACAUUUAUAUCACAUGAGGGGCCUCUUCAUGUAAAAGAAUAGUUGAGCUAUAAAAUCAUCAUCAUUUUA